UGAAGGGUUCAGGGCAACAGGCAAUGGAGAAAAUGCAAUGGAAAGGGGUUUGCUCACCUACUGGUUCUUGGUCAGGCUGCUUAUAGUGUAUAGGAAGCUAAAUGGGAAUGUGAGAUCCAAUCUGGGAGAAGGAAGCUUGCCCCCACAGUCUUAGGUGCCCUAGAUGAAGGUGGUGGAGAACAUCAGAAUCUGGGAGGACGAGGAAGAACAGUAGUUCAGAUUUAGAUAUUAGAUAGCAGGAAAACACAGCAAUGGAAACAGUCACUUGUGACGUGAGAGUACGGUGAAGUCACCCUUUAAAUUGUCUCCUUCUCCUCUUCUUCUCUGCAGACCAACGGGUUGGGACAUGUUUCUCUGCUUUGAUUGGGGGCCGCUGUGCUGGGGACCUCCCUGGCCAAUACACCAAGAUGCAGUGCUGCUGCGACUCAGGGCGUUGCUGGGCCAUUGGUCAAACUCCAGAAAUGUGCCCUGUCCGGGGGUCCGAUGAGUACCGCAGGCUUUGCAUCGAAGGACUCCCAGUCGUGCCAGGGUUCCCUGGGAGCUUUCCAGGAAUUCCUGGAUUCGGGCCCAAUGGUGUUGGGCCAGGACUCAACGGGCCCGGAGGCAUCGGACCAAAUGGGGCAAAUGGACAAGGUGGAAUCCCAGGCCUGCCUGGAAUGGGCCCGGGAAGUUCAAGCAUUGGAACUGCGACUUUAAACCAGACCAUUGACAUAUGCAAGCAUUUCACUAAUCUGUGCCUGAACGGACGCUGUAUCCCCACCCCAUCCAGCUACCGCUGUGAGUGCAACAUGGGCUACAAGCAGGAUGUGCGUGGAGAGUGCAUCGAUGUAGAUGAGUGCUCCAGCAGCCCCUGCGUGCAUGGUGACUGUGUGAACACACCUGGCUCCUAUCACUGCAAGUGCCAUGAAGGCUUCCAGAGCACCCCAACAAAGCAGGCUUGCAUCGAUAUUGAUGAGUGCAUCAUGAAUGGAGUGAUGUGUAGGAAUGGACGCUGCGUUAAUACUGAUGGAAGCUUCCAGUGUAUUUGCAAUGCUGGCUUUGAAAUCACACCUGAUGGCAAGAAUUGCGUUGAUCAUGAUGAAUGUGCCACAACCAACAUGUGCCUCAAUGGGAUGUGUAUCAACGAAGAUGGCAGCUUCAAAUGUAUCUGCAAGCCAGGUUUUGUGCUGGCUCCCAAUGGGCGCUACUGUGUUGACAUUGACGAAUGUGAGACACCAGGAAUCUGUAUGAAUGGCUGGUGCAUUAACACAGAGGGCUCCUUCCGAUGUGAAUGCCUUGGAGGCCUGGCUAUCGGGGUGGAUGGACGGGUCUGUGUGGACACCCACAUGCGCAGCACAUGUUAUGGAGGCAUUAAAAAGGGCACGUGUGCCCGUCCCUUUCCAGGGGCAGUCACCAAGUCUGAAUGCUGCUGUGCGAACCCAGAUCAUGGCUUUGGAGAGCCCUGCCAGCCUUGCCCUGCCAAAAACUCUGCUGAAUUCCAGGCGCUCUGCAGCAGUGGCAUUGGAAUAACAGCUGAUGGCAGAGACAUCAAUGAGUGUGCCCUCAACCCUGAUAUCUGCCCCAAUGGCAUGUGUGAGAACCUGCGGGGGAGCUACCGCUGCAUCUGCAACCUGGGCUACGAGUCUGACCCCACCGGCAAGAACUGUGUGGAUGUUGAUGAAUGCACCAUCAACCGUUUGCUGUGUGACAAUGGGCUGUGCCGCAACACACCUGGCAGCUACACCUGCACCUGCCCCAAGGGCUUUGUCUUCAGGACUGAGACAGAUACCUGUGAAGAUAUCAAUGAGUGCACCUCUAACCCUUGUGUGAACGGUGUCUGCAGGAACAAUGCUGGCUCCUUUGCUUGUGAGUGCUCCCCAGGCAGCAAGCUGGAUUCCAGUGGCACCAUUUGCGUGGACAGCAUGAAAGGGACAUGCUGGCUGAACAUCCAGGAUGGACGAUGUGAAGUGAACAUCAAUGGGGCCACACUGAAAUCAGAGUGCUGUGCUACACUGGGAGCAGCAUGGGGAAGCCCCUGCGAGCGCUGUGAGAUUGAUACUGCCUGUCCCCGGGGUUAUGCCAGGAUGAAGGGGGUUACUUGUGAAGAUGUGAAUGAGUGUGAUGUUUUUCCUGGUGUCUGCCCAAAUGGUCGCUGUGUGAACACAGCUGGCUCCUUUCGGUGUGAGUGUCCAGAAGGACUGACCCUUGAUGGCACUGCUAGGACAUGUGUAGAUGUGCGUGUGGAACAGUGCUACAUGAAGUGGGAUGAAGAUGAGUGCACAGAGCCUCUGCCAGGCAAGUACCGGAUCGACAUGUGCUGCUGUUCUGUGGGCUCAGCCUGGGGCAUCGAUUGCGAAGAAUGUCCUAAGGUUGGCUCUAAUGAGUACAAGGCCAUCUGCCCAAGAGGACCUGGCUUUGCCAACCGAGGGGACGUGCUUUCCGGCAGGCCCUUCUACAAAGAUGUGAAUGAAUGUAAAGUCUUCUCUGGCCUGUGCACUCAUGGGACCUGUCGAAACACUAUUGGAAGCUUCAGAUGUAUCUGUGGCAAUGGCUUUGCUCUGGAUGCUGAAGAAAGGAACUGCACAGAUAUUGACGAGUGCCGCAUCUCACCAGACCUGUGUGGCCAUGGCACCUGUGUCAACACGCCGGGCAGCUUUGAGUGUGAGUGCUUCGAAGGCUAUGAGAGCGGCUUCAUGAUGAUGAAGAACUGCAUGGGUAAGGGCUAAUAACAGCACCCUUACUGUUUUUCAAUGGAGCAGAUCUGGUAAGGAUUCUCAUGCCAAGCUGCUGUCUUUCUCAUUCUUCUGGCUGCACCUGGACACUGCUGAUUACAAAAAACAAGACCUAGGCCCACAAAGAUGCUAUAAAAAGUUUGAUUAGCUCUCUGUUCUUUGGUAUCAGGCCAAAUCUGUACAUUGCCUUCUAGAGGUAUCACAGGAGUCCCCGUGCUGAAGUGAUACUGGCCAAGUUGAGUUCUCUGUCUUGCUUAGAUUGCAAAGAUAGAACUGGACUGAAGGGCAGCACCUGUGACAGAGAUAAAGAACUGUGUGUGAGAGCUGAGAGAACCAUAGAUGUUCCUGGGAUGACAGCAAAGCGUAUGCAAAGUGAAGUCAGGGGUCUGUGUGACGCAGCACAAUCUCCCAAGAGCUAGAGCAAGCAAAGGGAAAGGCCACAUCCCCAGCAAGCAUUGGCUUGCGGCCUGGACCCCUCCAAAAAAGGAAGGCAAAAAUACAAAUAUGUAACCUCUACUUCCUGACAGAUCUUGUACCUUCUGUGGGUCGAUAAUCCAUCAACAAUAGUCCCAAUGCUGACCCUGCUAGGGAACAGUAGUACCCCUGAGAGCAAGGAAGACUACAGUGAAGUUGACAGAAACAGGGGACACAACUGAGACUUUCCCUCAGAGACAUCUAUUUAUCAGGACCUUCUCAACUGGAAGCCAGAACUUUUGUCCAGCACCUGGGCUGAUGGUGCUUUCUGAGCUGGGGAUGAAGAUUGGCUAACCAGGCCUCUGGGAAUAAUGUGUGGCCCAGGGGAACAUCCAUGGCUCUUCUUGCCAUGACAUUGAGUGGGACAUCAUUGGUCCUGCCCUGCCAUGGUGGCCCUGGCCACAAUUCCCUCAGCUAUGGAAGCAUGGAGGUGAGCCCAUACUGGGAAUGCAGGGAGCCAGAAAGCCAGCUUGCGUGCCUAAGCAUCCAUUUUUGAGCCUCUUAUCUAACUGGUUUUUGAUCGGCUGCCUUCUGAUCUUGUCUGGAACCAUUGUCACUAACCCAAGAGCAGAGUCCGUGCCUGGUGUUUUCAUUCCUGUCAUGUGAGGAUACCACACUUACACUUGAGGAUCAGCUCAUGCUCAGAGGAGCUCUGCCAGGCCAGUAGCUUGAAUUUAACGGCUUUGAGCUCCAAUUUUCAAACAUGUUUGGCUUUUCCCUCCGUGUGACCACUCAGCUCUUUCUACUGCUUUUCAGCCUUUUCUUACACAACUAUUAAUUAUUGCCACUGAUCGUUUACAUAUCCACACUCCUAAACAUACACCCAUCUCAGGCAUGAGUGACAUGGUAUGUUCAACUCUUUUGUUUUCAUAUUCCAUUGCAAAAUGUUUCUCAACUUGUAGAUCUUCUUGUGUGGUACAACCACAAUUGUCCUCCUGUGAUUAACCUGGGUUACUUACCUGCCCUAAAUGCUGUCACAAAUGCUACAUUGUUCAUUUUAAUCCACUUACAUGUAGUUAAUAAAUGCUCCUGUCAGCUAUAUUAACAUCAGAUUACUGUUGAAAUUAGUAGAUUUAUCAUCUCCAUGCUUAUAUAUAAAUUUAUCCAUAGACAUAAAUGAUACAUACUUGACAAAUUUUGAUCUUUAUAGCACUGCUUUGCCUCCUUCUAUCAUUGCACAUCUUAGAAUCAUGUGCCGUUAAAUCAAAUGCCUUCAUUAGCAUCAGAACAUGGAGAUGUCUUCUAAGUGCCAUACAUUACUCAGCAACAGAUCACUCAUUUGAUUACUUAGGUUUCUUCCAGCUCUGAAUCUUGCUGUUUCAUCCAAUUUUUCUGCAGUUGCUUUCCAUUGAAUCUUUCCAAAAGGACUGUUAACCUGAUCUCACUUGUCAGUGAUAUAUAAUCAAUUGCUGUUGUUUCUACACCUUUCCUUGAGAUUGGAAUCUGCAGCAGUUUGAUAGCAGCUUCAUCCCUUGAGGAAUGCACUGACCGCCUCA